AUGCAAUCAUCAUUGGAUAAUCAAAAUCAAAUCAAAAUGAUUUAUAGAAAUCUUGGCAGCACUGGACUUCGGGUAUCUGUACUUAGUUUAGGUACAAAUGUGACUUUCGGUAAUCAAAUACCGGAUGAAAUAGCUGAGAAGAUAGUUACAGUAGCUUACACUAAUGGAAUUAAUGUUUUUGAGACUGGAGAAGCUUAUUCAAAUGGAGAGGCCGAAAGAACAUUGGGUAGAAUAUUGAGUACUAAAAAUUGGCGAAGAUCCAGUUAUAUAGUAUGCUGUAGAUUGUCAAAAAGUGGAGAUGCUGAAACUGAACAAGGUCUUUCAAGAAAGCAUCUUUUUGAAGGUCUUCGGUCUUCCUUAGAAAGACUUCAACUAGAAUACGUAGAUAUUGUGAUUGUUACGCGUCAAAACGAAUCAUCAAUUCCAGUUGAAGAAGUUGUAAGAACUUGCACACAUCUUAUUCAUCUUGGUUGGACAUUUUAUUGGGGUACAUCUGGAUGGUUACCUUGUGAAGUUAUGCAAGCUCAAACAGUUGCCAGACAAUUCAAUUUAAUUCCACCAUCUGUAGAUCAAAAUGAAUUGAAUUUAUUGAAUAAAAAUUAUUUGCAGAAUAUGCGUGAAAUUUGUUUAAAACUAAAUAUUGGUAUUAUGACAGGAUCACCAUUAAGUGGUGGAAUUUUAACUGGAAAAUACAUUGACUGUAUACCGAAUUUUUCACGAGCUACACUAAAAAAUCAAGAAGAUAUACGUGAUAAACUUCUUUGUUCAAAAGGUAUCAGUCAAAGGGAACAAGUUAAACAACUAUAUAAGAUAGCAGGUAGAAUGAAAUGUACUUGUGCACAAUUAGCUAUUGCCUGGUGUCUUCGCUGUUCACAUAUUAGCAGUGUUAUUAUCGGAGCAGCAACGGUUGACCAGUUACAUGAAAACAUAAGAUCAGUAUUGAUUUAUCCACAUUUAAAUGCAAGUAUCAUAUCGGAAUUAGAUACACUAUUGAAUACAACUGACUCAAAUGAUAAUUUCCUUUAA